CUGCGUGGUCGAUGACGGUUGAUGCGCGGAAUUCAAAUUAAUGAAAUCGACAGCUUACCUUUCUUACUAGUAGUAUCGCUCAUAUACAGCUUUACAAAUACCUCCAUAUCCAUAACAGUUUUGCUUAGAUAUCGCCGUAAAAACUGGCUCCGAAAUCAAUCCCCCAAUAUAUAUGUAUAUAUAUAUACAUAUAUGUAUAACAUAAUAAAAUAUCAACAUGUAGGAUCGAAAUAUUUUUUCAAUUUACAUUUUGAUUUCAGAUAAAAAAACCGCUCACUUAUCCGUGUGAUCACUCCAAAGAAUUGUGUGUUACAAAGUCGAUUUUUUAUGAGUUUAUAAUAUGUAUGUUUAGGUACACUUACUAUUUCACAUAGUAAUAAUACACUACAUUAAGGAAAUAAUUACCUUUUAAUAAAUAAAUAAACAAAUGAAGUAUUCGUCUCCGUUAUCGCUUCAGCUGACAAUUUCACUUAAUAUAAGUACAAGUGAUAUUAUAAUUAUGAAAACUUACAUGCCAUUGAGAACAAUAGAUUGCCUUACUCUCAAAAUCUAAUAGAAUAGCACUCUACUACCACUAGAAAAAGACAAACGUAGAACGAAAGUUUGAUUUUUACCUUCAGCAUGCUACUGAAUUUAAGUUUUUGUCAGAAAACCUACAUAUUUAUAGAUUUAGAAUUAAUAAAAAAAUCUAUUAUUGAAUUUAAUAAUUUUAAUACGUCUUUAUUGAAUUCAUAAGAUAUAAAAGCUAUAGAGAUUUCUCAUAGUGAAUAAAUAAAGAUAAUUUUCAUAUUUAUUUAUGUAUCGUUAAAAAUAUUGCAAUAAAGCACCGGCAUAUUCACGCAGGGAAGACGGCUAUAUUGUAACUUCCUUACGACUUCUUGGUGGUUAAGAUUCGCGAGGAAAAAUUGUUAGAUCCUUGAAGUAUUUUACAUAGAAAAACUUUCCAUAGGAUCCUUAAUACGUUAGGAGCUGAAAUUAUCAGAAUUUUAAACAAUUUAUGGGUCAAAUUCGGAAAGUUACAAAGUAUAAAUGUGUUUCAAUUUUAAGAUAUAAUGUGUAUCCUCAAACCUUUGUGGCAAAGUGGUAAAAGCUGGCGGUAAGAACGUAAUGCAUGUAAUUUAAGCGUAAUGUUUUUUGCCCAGCAGUUAGCAUCUAUAGGCAGUUUUUAUACUACGACAUAAAUACUUUAAAUAAUAGAAUGCGUAAAUAGUUUUAAUAUCCAUAUACUUGUUAAUAAGUUUGCUUUGUCAUCUUCAUUGAUAAUGAUUUAAAAGGUGUUGUUGAUAUAGUAUAGAUAAUAUGGUCAACACGUGGACACAGUAAUGACAAAGCAUAUUUUGAUUUGCAGUUAUUGUAUACAAUUAUAUAUGAAAUGACUUAAUGUUGGUUUAUUAUACCCAAAAACAAAUAAGAUUCUGAACAGAAUGUGUGUAAGCACAUUUCAUCAAUACAAGCAUGACAAAAAAAGGUCAUUUCGAAACUGCCAUAAUUUCUGUAAAUCAUUAAAGUGAAUGUGUCUUCAGAAUUAUCUUAUGUCAAUGCUUAUCACUAAACAGAAAAAGUUUUUUAUAGCUAUAAAGCUGUUUUAUCCACUAGUUCACAGCAAUAAAUCAAAUAUGACAAACGUACUGGCGGUGUUACUCUUUCUUGUAAUUGCAAAAUGUGAGUGCGCGAAAAUAUUGGCAGUUUUUCCAAGUCCGUCUAUCAGCCAUCAAGUGGUGUUUCGUCCCUUAGUGCAUGAAUUAGCAAGACGUGGACAUGAUGUGACAGUGAUAACAACAGAUCCAGCUUUUCCAAAAGGAAAAACUCCUCAAAACCUGACUGAAAUAGAUGUUCAUGAUAUAUCUUAUAACAUGUGGACCAAUUUCUUAAAAACGGAUAAAGGAAACGGAGAUAAUUUUUACGCCCAACUUAGAUUUAUUUUUGAAUUAAUGGCCGAAGUUUUCGAAGAGCAAAUGAAAACAGCCGAUGUCCAGAAACUUAUUAAUGAUAAGAAGAAUAAAUUUGAUUUACUAUUUAUAGAAUCAUGUAUGAGACCAGCUCUAGGUUUUACUUACUUAUACAAAAUACCAGUUAUAGCUAUAAGUUCAUUCGGUGCUAUAUACGAAACUUUCGAUGAGACAGGAGCUGUAACCAAUCCUCUCUUAUAUCCUGGAACAUUUUGCCAACGAAUUAUAAAUUUAACAUUGUGGGAAAAAAGUCAAGAAUUAUAUGCAGAAUUUAAGGGAAAAUAUGUAUAUGCUGAUCUUACACAUUCAGAAGAUAAAAUGUUACAGAAUAUAUUUGGUUCAAGCAUUCCAAGUAUUACAGAAUUAAGAAAGAAUAUACAAAUGCUAUUUUUAAAUGUACAUCGGAUAUGGGAUUUCAAUCGUCCUGUACCACCGAAUGUAGUUUAUUUAGGUGGCUUACAUCAAAAUCCUGCUAGACAAUUACCACAGGAACUCAAAUCUUUUCUUGACUCCUCAAAAAAUGGUGUAAUAUACAUGAGCUUCGGUACAAACGUCAAACCCUCAUUAUUACCGAAAGAGAAGGUGCAAAUAUUUACUAACGUAUUUUCCGAUCUGCCUUACGACGUUUUAUGGAAAUGGGAUAAAGAUGAAAUUCCAGGACGUUCUAAGAACGUAAGAAUUUCGAAAUGGUUCCCGCAGUCCGAUUUACUGAAACAUCCUAACCUGAAGCUAUUUAUAACUCAAGGAGGUUUACAAUCGACAGACGAAGCCCUAACAGCUGGAGUACCUCUUAUCGGUGUACCAAUGCUUGGAGACCAAUGGUUUAACUCCGAACAUUAUGUCAAACAUAAUAUAGGCAUCAAACUUAAUAUUGAAACACUCACUGAGGCAGAACUAAAGGAAGCCAUAGAAACUAUUAUUACAAAUAAUAGGUAAAACACGAAUUCAAAACAUACUUUUCAAAUAAAUAAAUACACAAAUGAAGUAUUUGUCACCGUAAUCGCUACAGUUGACAAUUUCAAAGAUUUUCCUGGAAGUGAUAUUAUAAUUAUGAAAACACACAUGCCCACUAUAAAGCCUUACAAUUAUAAUCUAAUGGAAGAGCAAUCUACUACUACUUCAGCUAGAAAAGGAUAAAACGCAGAUCACGAAACAAAUCUAAUACAAGGUACAAAUCUAAGUUUACUCAGUAGCAUUACUGAAGCUACAUUUUGUUUUAUCUUUAUUUAAUUAUUUAGAUAUUAUAGCAAUAGAGUUUUUUCACAAUAAAGACUAAAGAUUUCUCAUAAGAAAACUAAAUAUAUUUGCCAUAUUUAUUUAUGUAUCGUUAAAAAUAUUGCAAUAAAACACCGGGACACUCACGCAGAGAAGACGGCUAUAUAGUAACUUCCUUAUGGCUUCCUGGCGGUAAAGAUUCCCGUGGAAAAAUUGUUAGAUCCUUGAAGUAUUUUACAUAGAAAACCUAUUCCAUUGGGUCUUUAAUACUUUAAGAGAUGAAAUGUGAAAGUGUGGGCCACGUCUUCCAAGAUGACUGCCU